AAGUGGCUGACCUGGAAAUGCAUGACCCAGAGGUCGACGAACCCCUCGAGAGGUGGACCCACCCGAGGAGUGUGACGCUUCCGGAACACUCCGUGUAGUUCCGUUCGACCGGUUCAUUUGCCGUCUGCCUGCCAUGCGGGCCAACUUGGCUGCGCUGGUCGCCCUCCUGGGGAUCUGUUCUGUGGUACGCGCGCAGGAUACCUCGGCCAUACUUUCGGGUAUCCUCGGGUCCCUCACAUCCACGACGAAAGCACGCGGAUGUCCGGGAGAGUGCGUACAUGCAAUCACAGCCCUGCUGUGCGACUACGUUGUGGACGAGAUCCAGUGCGGGGCCACGUUCCUCCGUUGCUGCGUUCCCCGGGACUUCAGUCUCGGAACAGCCGUUGAGACGUCAGCGCCACUCACCGAAGACAUUUCCGUCACUCCCCCGACAACACUUCCUUCUACCACCGCCGCAACAUCCCCACCUACAUCGCCCAUUACGACAACCAUCAUCGAAACCACCACCGAAGAUGUGCCAUCUGAGAGGAACGCGUGCCCUGGUGUCUGCGUGGACAUGACUUUGUCUCAGUACUGUCACCGUGUGUUAACCUUACCCUCGUGCGGUCCAGGAACAGUUUGCUGCGCCUCUGCCGACGCCACAGAGCCACCGUUGAACGAUAGCGAGGCACCUCCGUCGAAAGAGUCGGUGUCUCAAGGUGAUGCUCUUCCAGAGUGUCCUGGUUCAUGUGUAUCGCCGCUGUUCAGCCUGUUGUGUGAUCAGAUAUCCACUGCCCAUACGUGCUCAAGUGGAGGUAGUUGUUGUAUUAAUGCGGAAAAUCCUACAACUACCGAACCUCCCCCGCCUCCAUGUGGAGGCAGGUGUAUACCCGCAUUUUUGUCUGGUGUUUGUCAGAAACCUGCAGAGCUCAUUCUGGGGACGAGUACUUGUCCUUCUAGUACUAUUUGCUGUUCAGGACUUCCGGGCUUGGAGCAGUCCCCACAGAGGCCGUUGUUUCCCCCACAGGGAGGUCGAUUACCACCUCCUCCUCAACGAAGACCGCCGCCAAAUGCUCCCCCUCCUCAUGGCCCUCCACCACCUGGCCAUUCACCUCACAGGCCACCACCGCCCGGAUCUUUACCUCAUGGUCCCCCACCGCGUGGUCCUCCACCUCAUGGGCUCCCGCCUCAAGGGCUGUUUCCACAUCAAAGGCCACAACACCAAGAUCAAAUAAAUUCCGUCAUACCAGUUGGAAAACCUGUGCACUUCGGAUACGACGGGCCACCACACGACCAAGGACAGAUAUUUCCACAUCGUCCUCCGCGACCAGAUGCACAUUUUGAUGGUCCCAACAGACAUGAUGAUCCCACUGGGCAGGUGCAGAGGCCUAGACCAGUGCUACAGCAGCCACCAAAGGACAUGGUUCACUUCAUUAGCAGGCCGCAUCAAGACCAAGGUGAAGAUGCGUCGCGGGUGCCUCCAAUGCCUGCUCUUGAUCUUCCACCGAAAGAUUUUGGUCAGUUUGGAAACAGACCGCAUCCAGAUCAAGCCCAGGAUGGAUCCAGGCGACCACCACGACCACCGCAAAGACCUGCUCGACCUGAGGAACGCCCUCUAAACCAAUUUCCCGGCGAAAGUCGACCUCCGGAUUUCGGUGGGAAUUUCCUAAACGAGGAUAACGACACUCAUGGACUGCCACACAACGGGCUCCGACCAGACACGUCCGCCAUGACCCCGCCUUUCCACGGUAUUCGGCCCGGACCCCAGCGUCCCGUGCCACCCAACACAGAACGUCCGCCUCCAGGGUCCCUCGUUGUCUUCUGCCCCGGAGAAUGUGUGGCAGAGUUUCUCGGCUUCACCUGCUUCGGAGAGAACGCCCUGUACACGGGACUAAAGUGCAGAGAAGAUGGUCACGUGUGCUGCGCUAGCAAAGAUCAAGUGCAACGGAUGCCACUCCCCUUUGAUCCUGCGGCAGGACAGAAAGACCAGGCAGGGGAGAGAGUUCCACCACGUCCGUCGACUCCAGCGGUCACAACUACACCAGCACCUGUUCGCAGUACCAGCCGACGUCCAUCCGUUUGUGGUAUCAAAGGUAACUCCCAUCGAGAUCAUCCCAGGGUGAUCGGCGGCAGGGACGCUUUGCCCGGGGAGUGGUGUUGGCAGGCGGCGCUGGUGAACACUAAGAAUCAAUACCUUUGCGGGGGAGCACUCAUCGGCAACCAGUGGGUUCUAACAGCUGCACACUGCGUCACAAACUUGGUACGUAAUGGCGAGACCUUCUUCGUUCGCGUCGGAGACCACGACUUGGGCAGCGCUGUCGGCAGUCCUGGAGCCCAGACACAGCAGGUUGCCACAACCUACAUUCACCACAAUCACAACGGACAGACACUGGACAACGACAUCGCUCUGCUCAAGAUGCAGAACCCGUUCCAAAUGAAUGACGGAGUCUGUGUCGUCUGCUUACCUGCCAGAGGAUCUUCCAGGACACCGGGAAACAGAUGCACUGUAACUGGAUAUGGAUACAUCUCAGAAAACGGCCCAAUUUCCCUGAAGGUUCGUGAAGCGCAUCUGCCCAUCGUCGACGACAAGCGCUGCACGGAACAGAUCAACGCUGUCACCGAGAAACUAUUUAUAUUACCGGCAUCCACGUACUGCGCUGGAGGACAGGACGGCAACGAUGCCUGUCAGGGUGACGGUGGAGGACCAAUGGUGUGCCAAGUGGACGGCUUCUACGAAUUGACGGGUCUCGUGUCAUGGGGCUUCGGUUGCGGGCGACCUGACGUUCCGGGAGUCUACGUGAAAGUGUCUUCGUUCAUCGGAUGGAUCAAUCAGAUCAUCAGUGUCAACAACCUCUAGUCCCAUUGCUAUUAAACCACAUUUCAUUUGUCACUUCA